UCUGUGACACUUCCACCGCACCACGGAUCCACUCCACGGAACCGCCGAGCACGCCAAGCCCCUGGGACUAACACGCGGCGCUUCUGCGGGUCAAAUGGACUCAGAAUCGGUGACGUCACGACCAGGACCGCGUUUCAGCUGGAGGUUUAACAUGGAGAAGUCGAUUUAAAGCGUCGCCACACUGAAGAAGACGAGGAUGAAGGAAACGGAAGCGAGCACGAGGAAGGUGCAGCAGGUGCUGUGCGUGUUGCUGCCCUGCGUGUUUCACCUGUGCGGCGCCCAGACUGAAGGAGUGUGUUUUGGAACCCAGAAUGUUCUGAGCCUGACGGGGAACUCAGACAUCCAGUACCAGCUGAUGAAGGACAAGUACAGUGGCUGUGAGGUGGUGAUGGGAAACCUGGAGAUCACCAUGAUGGAGCACACGCGCAACUUCUCAUUCCUCCAGUCCAUUCGAGAGGUGACAGGCUACAUUCUGCUGGCCGUGAACGAGUUUGAGCGUCUUCCCCUGGACAACCUCCGGGUCAUCCGGGGCACCACCCUCUACGAGGACCAGUACGCUCUGGCCGUGAUGGUCAACUACCAGAAGGAUGGGCAGCAUGGCCUGAAGGAGCUGGGCCUGACUCACCUGACAGAAAUUCUAGAGGGAGGAGUCAAGAUCAUCCAGAACAAGUACCUGAGCUACGCCGGGAAGGUGAACUGGCUGGACAUCGUGAAAGAUGGCUCAGCAGAGAUCAUGAUCGAAGGCAACGGGCCGGACCAGGCGUGUAGUGACGCAUGUGAUGAGCAGCAGUGUUGGGGCCCCGGCAAUGACACCUGCCAGAGACUCACCAAGACCGUGUGCGCGCCGCAGUGCAACAGCCGGUGUUUCGGCCGGAGCCCGAGCCAGUGCUGCCACAUCGAGUGUGCCGGAGGAUGCAUCGGACCGCUGGAUACCGACUGCUUCGCUUGCAGGAACUUCAACAACUCCGGCUCAUGCGUGCCGCAGUGCCCGCAACCUCUCAUCUACAACAAAAACACCUUCAAAAUGGAGCCCAACCCAAAUGCCAAGUACCAGUUUGGAUCCAUGUGUGCCUUCAAAUGCCCCACCAACUUCGUGGUGGACGGCAGCUCCUGUGUGAGCACCUGUCCCGCUGGCAAAAUGGAGGUGGAGAAGAACGGAGCCAAAGAGUGUGAGCCCUGUGGAGGACUGUGCCCCAAAGCGUGCAUCGGCACCGGGACUCAGAACAGAGAGACUGUAGAUGCUUUAAACAUCGACAGUUUCAUCAACUGCACGAAGAUCCAGGGAAGUCUGCACUUCCUGGUGACUGGCAUUAAAGGAGAUGAGUACAACAAAGUGCCGCCCCUUGACCCAGAGAAACUGAAAAUCUUCAGCACUGUUCGGGAGAUCACAGACAUCCUCAGCAUCCAGUCGUGGCCCGAGAGCAUGCACGACCUGUCCGUCUUCUCCAACCUUCAAACCAUUCAGGGCCGGACCCUCAACAGAGGAGCCAAUGGUAAAAGGGGCUACUCUCUGCUCAUCAUGAGGAUUCCGACCUUGACCUCCCUGGGUCUUCGGUCUCUGAAGACGAUAAGCGACGGCACCGUCUACAUCACCAGCAACUCAAAGCUCUGCUACCAGGACACCGUCAACUGGACCCGCAUCGUGAGCACCAGCUCGCGCUCGCAGCGCCGACAGAAGGUCAUCGACGACAAAAACAACCGUCUCCGUGACCAGUGUGUGAAAGACGGACGUGUGUGCGACCCUCUGUGCUCCUCCGAUGGCUGCUGGGGACCGGGGCCGGGUCAGUGCGUGUCCUGCAGGAAGUACAGUCGCUCAGGCACCUGCGUGCCAGACUGCAUGAUCUCAAAUGGGCAGAGGAGAGAGUUUGCUGCUCCCUCUGGAGAGUGCAUGUUCUGCCACCCAGAGUGCAGAGUCCAGGAGGGGAAGAAGACGUGCACUGGCCCGGGUGCAGACAAGUGUGUGGCCUGCGCCAACCUGCAGGACGGACCCCACUGUGUGCCAGCAUGCCCCGAAGGUGUAAUGGGAGGAGAGGGGAUCAUCUUUAAGUACGCCAACAAAAAUGGCCGCUGUGAAUCGUGUCACGCGAAUUGCACUCAAGGAUGCUUCGGCCCGAGAAUUAAAGACUGCGUUGGGGCAUCUAGAUACAUUUCGGGACAAUCAACCACAGCCAUAGUGCUGGGAGUGCUGGCUCUCCUGUUCGCUGGGUUCUCUAUUUUCAUGCUCACCCUUCUGUACCGCCGUGGUCUGGCAAUUCGGAGAAAGCGAGCGAUGAGGAGAUACAUGGCAAGCGGAGAGAGUUUUGAACCCCUGGAUCCCGGAGAAAAAGGACCUAAAGUCCAACCACGGUUCUUAAAACCCACAGAGCUGCGUAAAAUUAAACUACUGGGUAGCGGCAUAUUUGGAUCGGUGCACAAGGGUGUUUGGAUUCCUGAAGGAGACACUGUGAAGCUUCCUGUUGCCAUUAAGACCAUCCACGAUCGCACAGGAAGGCACACCUUCUUUGACCUGACUGAUCAAAUGAUGGCCAUCGGCACCUUGGACCACAUCAAUGUGGUCCGGGUGCUGGGCAUCUGUCCUGGUGCCAGCCUACAGCUGGUCUCUCAGCUGAGCACUCAGGGCUCCCUGCUGGACCACGUCAGGAACCACAAGAACAAACUCCAACCGCAGAGGUUACUGAACUGGUGUGUUCAGAUUGCCAAGGGGAUGUACUACCUGGAGGAGAACAGGAUGGUCCACAGGAACCUGGCAGCCAGAAACGUGCUACUGAAGAACAAUUACACGGCCCAGAUCUCAGACUACGGCAUUGCAGACCUGCUUUACCCGGAUGACAAGAAAUAUGUCUACAAUGAGGUCAAGACCCCCAUCAAGUGGAUGGCCUUGGAAAGCAUCCUGUUCCGCAGAUACACGCAUCAGAGUGACGUCUGGAGUUACGGAGUAACGAUAUGGGAGAUGAUGUCAUAUGGAGCGGAGCCAUACUCCAACAUGAGACCACAGGACGUUCCUGAUCUGUUGGAAAAAGGCGAGCGUCUGUCCCAGCCUCAGAUUUGCACCAUUGAUGUCUAUAUGGUCAUGGUGAAAUGUUGGAUGAUUGAUGAAAAUGUCCGUCCAACGUUUAAGGAGCUGGCGAGUGAAUUUACCAGGAUGGCCAGAGACCCGAACCGUUUCCUGGUCAUUAAAGAGGAUUGCACCCCGUCGGACUCGGCCUCGGACGAACUGGCCCAACGGAGUGUGGACCUGGACGGCCUGGAUGAUCUGGACAUUCAGCUGGAGGAGCAGGUGGAGCAAGUGAUGGUGGAUGGUGUGAACCCAGCCAUCCAUUACAUGACCCCCUCCCGAAGCCUCAGCGGUCUGUCCAAGACAGACGCUCCAAGGUUGGUCGUGACAUCACCUGGCGGGGCUGGGUAUCUACCGAUGACACCGGGAUUUGACAACCCUUCACAGGCCAUGUGGCAGUCUCGUUCUCGACUGGACUCGGCACGGACGGUGUCCGAGAGCUCGGAGGGGGUCGGCACCGGCGUGGAGCAGGAGCUGAGCGAGGAUCCGACCCUGGUGGGAAGCGCAAAACCUCGAUAUCACCGGGAGGACAGCGCGUAUGUCUCGCAGAGAGACAGCAUGUCCGGUGGUACAGAGGAGGAAGAUCAGUACGGCUACGUCCUUCCUGGAGACAGUCCGGAGAGAGAAACGUUGCUCUGUCCACACGGCAGUCCCUGCAGGAUGGACAAAUCACGCUCAGGAGGUCUGUUGGACGACGCGGGAGAGGAGGAGUACGAGUAUAUGAACAGGCAGACUUCAGUCGCGUCAUCCUCAUCGAGAAGCAACAGCCAUCUCACCGACAACGGCUCCUGGUUCCGCAGCAACAGCAAGCGGACGUCUUCCAUGUCGUCACAGGCCACAGCUUCCUCACUGGACGUGCCACCAGCCACCAGGUGCAGUCACAGCUCAGAUUCAGAACAUGCCGAUCAAAAGGUGGAGUACGAAUACAUGGAUAUCAGGUGUGGAGAGAAAGACGACAGCCCUCCUGCACAUGAUCCACCUCCUCCUCCGAAGCCUGCGAGGUCCAGAGUGGAGGAGAUGGAGUCAGAGGAUGAGUAUGUGGAGGACAGUAACUACCAUUACACAAACAGACAGCCGAAGCUGGGGCAAGCUCUUAGGGAGAGGAAAGAGCUGACAGUCGCCGCAAAAGAGGACGGCGAGGCCUAUGAGUACGAAGAUAUGGACGGCUUUGCCUCGACACAGCCUGGAGAUGCCGGGGUUUACCAGAACCUGCAGGACGCUGGUACAGGAGGGAGCUCGGCUGCCCGUCGAGCGGGGUUUGACGCCUACGUCAAAGUCCAGGCUGGAGUUGGACUCAGGGAGUCUGCUGUUGCCGACCGAUCCUUUGACAAUCCAGACUACUGGCACAGUCGGAUUUUCCAGAAGUCCAAACCUGUGUCGACAUAAACAACACUCCACCUUUGCUUAAUGAAGGACCUGCAACAGGACUUGCUAAACAGCAGUUUCAAAUGUAGCCAAAUGUCACUCAUCAAUCGAGCUGAAUGUGUGUAUAGUCUCAGGACGACAAGUCAGGAAGAACUUCAUGGGCAUUCACCCAAUUUAACAGAAGUGGACACGCGACAAGCUAUUUUUGUUUACAUUUUGAUAUGAACAAACAAAACAAAUCUUUUCAUAUCUCGAUGUUCUUGGAUAUAUUGCCUGAUGUGAUGUAACAUACAUUUUAUAUUGAAUUAAAGUA